AAGCAUUCUCUCAAGCCACUAUCCAUUUCCGAAGACGAUUAUGAUAAGAAGACAAACAGGAUACAACGUUUGAAGGCAUUACCCGAAGUCACUCGCCAAAUCUCUUUUGAGGAAAAAUUUUAUGGUUACGGACUUGGUUACCUUAGUUACAGAAUUGGACUAAGAACAAAAUGCGUAGGUCAUAGAGGAUACCCUGCUAAGUAUCCAGAAAAUACCAUUGUAUCGCUUGAACAAGCAAUCAAAAUUGGUGCCGACGGAAUCGAAUCUGAUGUUCGAAUUACAAAGGAUGGUCAGGUUAUAAUGAUGCAUGAUACUACACUGGAUAGAACGACCAAUGGCUCAGGUAAUGUUGAUGAAAGAAAUUGGAAUGGAUAUAUCGAAUAUUUGAAAAUCGAAAACGAUGAGAAUGUACCAAAAUUACAAGAAGUCCUGGAUUUACUUAAACGCAAAGAAAACAAAAAUUUAUUUUUUAUUAUGGAUAUUAAGGACGAUAAUAAUAUUGAUAUUAUAAAUGCUAUUGCCGACAUAAUACACUCCAACGAACCUUACAACUUUCGAUCUCAAAUAUAUCUCGGCAUCUGGACUUACGAUUUCUUUAUCAGAGCUCGCCAAGUAUUGCCCAACUUACCAAUCACUUAUAUAGGUAGCAACAUUUCUGUUGCUCGUGAACAGUUCUUCGAUAAGGUUGAGGCUUAUAACAUGGAAUAUACUUAUAUACUUGAGGACAUUACAGGAUUUGCUUCUUUAAUAAGAAGUUUAGGUAGAAAAUUGUUUGUUUGGACCGUGGACGCUGAAAAUGAAAUGAAAACUUUGAUGUUAUAUGGUGUUGAUGCAAUUUUGUCUGAUGAUUCGACAAAAUGUAUUAGAACAAGAAAUCAAGUUGAAGGUUCGAGAAUAUCUUGGAAAUCAACUAAAAAACUCUUAGACCUUAUUGUUUUUUAA